AUGGUGGCAUCCGUUAUCUCUCCCGAGGCGACAAAAUUUCUCAUGAUAUCAUUUCCUGCCACGCGCCGCAAGAAAGCGCCUUGGUGGGACAACUCUGAUUACCAUAACUUUCUCGAUGAGACAAGAGCAUAUCUAGAGAUAGCUAAGAAGAAGCUGAAUGCUGACGAGUACCUGGCCGUCAUGGCUAAACAGAGGAACGAUGAUAGCCCAUCUCCCUUCCAAGCAAUUGGUCUACGACCAAUUUGGCUCACUAAUGCUCCCAGGUGUAAAACUUAUCUGGGCAAGACCAAGUUUUCAGGGAGGGUAUCGCGUGCCGAUGUUGCCGUUGUAGCUGCCAGUCUUCUUUCACGAAAUGAUACUUCAGGCUGGUUUGAUCUCAUAGAUGGCAACGAUGAUAUUGAAUCCGCUGUAGAUAUUGCGGUACAAUAUAACUUGAAUUCCAUCGAUAUGGAAGAUCUUGAGCAGAUUCAUCGUGAAGCAAGAUAG